AAUUAAUGCACAUUAGAGCGCCCAGUAAUCUCUGCCCGUCUCUGUGUGGCUUUGCCGAACACCCAAUCAGCCAGCCAGUCUGUUACCCACAAGCCCCGGUGUGCAGUGUAUUAAGGGAGUGUACACAAUAAGCUGAGUUGUGGAGUUUCUGCUAUAGCCAGUCAGCCAUUUGGAGGAGCAUAUUAUCCAGGCAGAGCUAAGCCUCUGCUGAGCUGAGGAUUGCACCACUGAGUCAGAGUGUUGCUGUUGUUGUUCUCACCUGCUGCGGACAGCAAACCAGCAUGGCUGACUGACUCACUGACUGACUGACUGACUGGGAACUCAAAGGAAACUAGGCCUGCCUCUCAGCUGGAGUCACUCAGAGUUGAGGCGAAAUGGCCCUCCGCAGAUCCCCCUCCUCUACCUGUGCAGGAUCAUGGACCAAUGGUGUGAGCUUCAGGCGAGUUGCCACAGCAAUAAGCGAGUCGUCGUCCAUCCACAGCGACGGCCUGUAUCAUCUGACCAAGGACAUGUCCGGCAUGGGACUGGACCCCAUGUCCCACAGCAUCCUGGAGCCUGCACCUUAUAAACAACAACCCUGGGCUGAGGAAUUAGAAACUUUGUUACAGCGCAACAGCAUGCAGAUAACCCCGAGUGAAGACAAAAUCCCAGUUGUGGAGUCACUUUCAAGCCCUCGGGGCAGUGCAGAAGGCCUUUACUUCUCCGAUGGCAAACGGAAAGUUGACUACGUUCUGGUCUUCCAUCAUCGGCGGCCCGCCUCCAUACGAUCUCGUGCCAGCGCCACAGUUUCACACGACAGGUUAUCCAUUGUUUCCAAUGGCAACUUUGCCCCUUCGGUGGGCUCAGAUCCGACGGCAGGAAGAGGCAGCAUACCGAGAGUGGGGGCUGGCUGUGUCGGCGAGGUGUUCAUGGAGCUUGGUCGUGCAGGAGGGAAUGAGCUAACAGAGCCUGCUGACCAUGAGAUGCAUCUAGUCAGACAGGAAUUUGAGGCUAACCUGCUGGAGGCCGGCCUGGAGAUAGAGAGAGACAGAGAGGUGAAGGCCCAUGGCCCCAGCUUCACGCGUCUCCAUGCGCCCUGGCCGGUACUAUGUCGAGAGGCUGAGUUUCUCAAGAUUAAAGUCCCCACCAAAACGAGUUACGAACUUAAAGAGGAAAGUGGUUUCGGGUCCACUAUGAACACAGUGUGGAGGAAAAUGAACCAGCCUUUCCAGCCCAAAGUACCGCAUCAGGACCAAGAACGCACCAAAUUUCUCACGCACUGCUUCUCCAGGGAAAAACUCCACCUGUACAACAUCACAUCUAAAGACACAUUCUUCGACAACGCCACAAGGGGCCGAAUAGUAUACGAGAUCCUGAGGCGGACGGUGUGUGUACGAACCUGUCAAACCAUAGGCAUCAGCACAUUGAUAGCUAAAGGAGUAUAUGACGCAUCCUUCCCUCUUCACGAUGGUGACUAUAAGGUCAUCGGACACCUCGAGGAGAAGAGUGACAGACAGGUUCUGCAUGACGAGUGGGCCAAAUACUCAGCCUUUUACAAGUACCAGCCCAUCGAUCUGGUCAGGAAGUACUUUGGGGAGAAGAUCGGUCUGUACUUUGCAUGGCUCGGUGUUUACACUCAGCUGCUGAUACCAGCCUCUAUAGUGGGAAUCAUUGUGUUCGGCUAUGGCGUGGCAACAGUGGAUACAAAUAUACCCAGUCUGGAGAUGUGUGACGAGCGUCUCAAUUUCACCAUGUGUCCUCUCUGUGACGGAGCCUGUGACUUCUGGAAGCUCAGCACUGCCUGCGGCACUGCCAGAGCUUCACACCUCUUCGACAACCCCGCCACAGUCUUCUUUGCCAUCUUCAUGUCUCUAUGGGCGGUGCUGUUCCUGGAGCAAUGGAAGCGCCGUCAGAACAGUUUGAGCCUCAGUUGGGAUCUGACAGGCAUCGAGGACGACGAGGAACAUCCCAGGCCAAAAUACGAGACCAUCCUCCUUCAGAAGAGACAGAGGGAUCAGAAAAAUCAGAAGAAGAAGAAGAAGAAGAAAAAGAAUGAGCCAGAGAAGCAGGAGGAUGGGACAGUGACAGGAAAGGACAGAUGGAGACAAAAACUACUGUCUGCCAUGGCUGCAGGACCACCGUCUACCAUAGAGAAGUUGACCUGGAAAGACCGUCUUCCUGGAUACUUCAUCAACGUUUCCUCUAUCCUCUUUAUGUUUGGCUUGACGUUUUCAGCAGUUUUCGGCGUCAUCGUCUAUCGCAUCACAGUGUCGGCCCUGAUAGCGAUGAGCCCCGACCCGGAGACCAAGUCCAAUGUUCGGGUGACGGUGACGGCCACUGCGGUCCUCAUCAACCUGGUGGUUAUUCUGAUCCUCGAUGAGAUCUACGGCACUGUGGCGUUGUGGCUGACUGAGCUAGAGAUUCCUAAAACAGAAUCCAACUUUGAGGAGCGUCUCAUCCUCAAAGCCUUCUUGCUCAAGUUUAUGAACGCAUACGCACCGAUCUUUUAUGUGGCUUUCUUCAAGGGACGGUUUGCUGGUCGACCUGGAGAUUAUGUGUAUGUCUUUCAGGGUCAUCGGAUGGAAGAGUGUGCGCCAGGAGGCUGCCUCAUCGAGUUGUGCAUUCAGCUCAGCAUCAUCAUGCUGGGCAAGCAGCUGAUCCAGAACAACAUCUUUGAGAUCGGCAUCCCGAAGUUGAAGAAGCUGGUGCGUGCAUUAAAAGAUAAAGGAUCAGCGGAGAAGGAGAUGGAGGGGGAGAGGCCUCCCCAGCAGUGGAACCUGGACUACGCCCUGGCUCCCUUUGACGGCCUCACGCCUGAAUACAUGGAGAUGAUCAUCCAGUUUGGUUUCGUCUCUCUGUUCGUGGCUUCGUUCCCGCUUGCUCCGCUCUUUGCUCUGCUCAACAACGUCAUUGAGAUCAGACUGGAUGCCAAGAAGUUUGUGACGGAGCUACGCAGGCCAGUCGCCGUACGUGCUAAGGACAUUGGUGUAUGGUACAACAUACUGAGUGGAAUGGGAAAAUUCUCAGUCAUUAUAAAUGCCUUUGUGAUCUCCUUCACAUCAGACUUCAUCCCCCGGCUCGUCUACCAGUACACGUUCAGUCAGACCGGCACCAUGCACGGCUUCAUUGACCACACGCUCUCCUACUUCAACGUGUCCAAUUUCAAGCCUGGGUCGGCACCGCUGAACUUACAGCAAGGAAACAUCUCCGUCUGCCGGUACAAAGACUACAGGGAGCCGCCCUGGUCUCCAGACGCAUACAUGGUCACCAAACAGUACUGGUGUGUCCUGGCUGCAAGACUGGCUUUCGUCAUAUUGUUCCAGAAUCUGGUGAUGUUCCUCAGCCUCGUGGUCGCCUGGGGGAUCCCGGACGUUCCCAAAGCCGUCGUGGAGCAGUUCAAACGGGAGAAGAAGCUCCUGGUCGAGGUGUUCUUACGGGAAGAGAAGGAAAAAUUCCAGCUCAUCCAGAGCCUCUUCUCCAAGGACGCCAACCUCCGCCCAGCCAGCCACACGCUCCACCCGGGUCAGGGCUUGCCCAUCCCGGGCCGCUACAGUACUCUACCCCCGCUUCCAACACAGGGCUUGGCCGGAGAAGGAGUGCCGAGAGCGAGGUGUAGGGCCGCCAGCUUCAGCCAGUUCACCGGGCAGAUUCCCCCGACGCCCAGAAAUGAAAACGAGAAUUCAAAACACACGGCGGUGUGACAUGGAACACACGCACACACACACACACACACACACACACACACACACACACACACACACACACACACACACACAUCUGUAGGACAUCUGUGCUUAAGCUGGGCCUCGGGACUGGAUAAACGUGUUGCUCUGGUGAUUCAGUCCGUGAAUAUCUUUGCCUGUGUCUUUUGUGUGUCUGACACAGUAGUAGUGUGAUUAAAAAAAAAAAAAAAAAAAUCACAGCAUCAUUUUGAAGACUUUUGAAUUCAUUGGUCUUAGUGUGGUUAAAUGUGCAACGUCCACACUGGUCGAACGAGUGUCUGUGGUGUUCCUCCUCGCGUCGACUGUUCACCUGAUAAAAUGUUAGGAUUUUUACUUUUUGGUAAAAAUCAAUCAAUGAUUUAGCAAGGCACACUUGCUUAAUAGCGUAGACAAGCAAUAAUUACAGUAUUAGGCUGAACAAUUGAAUAUUACAAGAACCUGGAAGAGACUGGAAAUAAAGAAAGAACUAAUAACAAAUGGACAGAUUCAUUGAUGAGCACCUAAUCAACGCAACGGAUUGAUGGACAUGGGCUUAUUACUAGGGCUGAGGACUGCUUUAUGUGCUUAUGCUCUAUAUGUAUUUAUGUUUUUACCAGAAUUUGUAGCAUCUGCAACAUUCCACAUUUCCUGUACAAUACAUUUUAAGACAUGGAACUGAAAGCACACAGGAGCCUCUCAGAAGUGCAAAUCGUUUUCUGUACACCAUUUACUGUUCCAGCUGAUUUUAAAUAAAUCAAAUUCAGAAGUCACUUUGAAUCAUUUUCAGAAUGCACCAAAAUUGUAAUGUUCGUCAGUACACAGCUGCUGGUUAUUGUUUCUCUGCAUUCUGCUCUACGUAUUUGAUGGAUGGAUGCACAUGACAAUGUGGCAUACUGUUGCAUGCCACUCCUAGAUUAUAGUCCAAGCUGUAGUUUUAAGAAUAGAUCUGUGAAGAAAAUGUUUUAUUUUUCUGUUAGCCAUAUGGACUUUACAGCUGUCAACUGAGUGAGAGCGACUUAAUAACUACACUUAAUAACUUCUGAAUGCACAGAGAAAGCCAACUCUUUUGCAAACUGUUAAUGGCAGUGAGCUAGAAAUGACCUCACUGCUCAUUGUCAAGGGAAGACAUGCUUCCCUUGACAACACUUCCUUUUGAAAUACCAGACUGUAUACUCUGACAUUCCUGCAGGUCAGUAAUAAAUCUGGGUUACUACUGCCCAAAUAGAACCGUU